UGAACUUGCAGAAUUGUUGUUGGAAUUGACUGGUGGUGUUCCUGGUUUACUUGUUCGAGCAAUCAGUUACCUUUUGCUGUANAAAUCAUCCAACAACAAUUUCUUAUUAUCNAAGGAAACCUUCUUGAUCAUAAUGAANAGCUUUCUAGUAACAAAUUAUUGUGUUGCGACAUUCUUACCUCGUCUGAUAAGUCUCAGNGAGCAGCGNAAGCGCUUGUUAAGAAUGCUUACGUUAUUAUCUUUGUAUCGUAUUCGAUUNGAUUUNGANGAAACUGUGCAAGUAAGCUCAAAUUCNGAUGUGUUUUUGUUNGACCUAGUUACAGAUAUGUGUCUCUAUCGUCGAUUGGUUAUAGAACCAGACCACAACGAACGCUANGAAGUGUUGAUUCCCAAGUUACUGAUNGAAUAUAUNGACCAAGGCUUAAAGGANGAUCGUUUAGAAUGGUUACUUUUACAAACCCUCAAGUCUCAAUCUGUNGAAUUCUUUUANGAGUCGAAAUGUCGAAUUUUGGAAGGUCUUAUUGCUACACUGUUUUAUUUACAUUUUUCUCGGCAUCCUACAAACAGCUCAAUGUUUUCUACUCUUGGUCAAUUGUCUCGUGUUUGGAANGAAAUGAAUUUCCAAUUUUCUUCCGAAUCUGCUGCUUAUUAUAUGAAAUCUAUACAUUAUACCAGAGCUGUAUCAGGAACAGAGAGAAUGACAUUUGGAAGCAANGAAUGGGAAAGGAUAGUGGAAGAAAUGUUAGAACUNGAAAAGAUAUAUAUUCCAUUUCAUUCAACAUCCUANAGUCCAGAUAUAUUAUUCAAGUUGCAUGGAAGAACGAANGAGAAGAACUUGAUGAUUGUGGGUAUUGCUUGNAAAGGCCGAUGGAGUCGNAAUGGUAUUCGAUGGAANGAAAUUUUGGAAGAAGCUCACAAGCUUUUAAAACCAGUUCANGAUCAAGUAUUGACNAGUCAUCCUACAUGGCAUUGUAUGUUGAUUAUUAUGAGUACUCAGUUAGCAACCAACGUAUCNGAGGACUUGAAUUAUUCNAGUCGUUGUUAUUCAUUUGGCGANAGUGUUGGAGAAUUCUUGAUUCCUCACAACUGNGAAUUGGUUAUUCUUUCNGAAGCNGAUGUAGAAAACGUUAUUGGCAAAGACAUUUUAUCGAAUUUAAGGAACGCUUUCAAGUCUGUGGANAAUCCACAUUCGAGAAACAUUGGCAUUUCAACCCUACAAGAAAUAGUUUUAUCUCUUUCCAAAAAUAUUUAGGAAUAUCUUGUUUUAAUAUCUGAGAAUUUUUCCAAAAACAGACACUUUCAAAAGUCGUCAUAAGUCGUGGGCUGUUUUAUAAGACACUUUCAAAAACCAUAUCAAACUUGAGGAAAUUAUUCUUCUUACCACAAGUGUGUGAUCUG